UUAGUCGACCGUGUAAACGUGCCCACCGGCAAAACUGAUGCCUUUGGCUCAUUUCAGUGCCUGCCUCGGCCUAUGAAAUUUCUGUCUUGACUCAAUCGUUUCCAAUCGCAUCUGAAAAACGCUUUUUAAAACAGUUGUUUACCAGCAAUCUGCCGUAUACGUACAAUCGUUGUCCAUAUUUCGCCGGUCGCCGGAACAAAAAAAUUCAGUGAACGUGAACAUAAAGAAGCAAAAAUUCGUUCUUCGGUAUCGGCAAAUGUGGACAGCGUAAGAACAAACCAUGGCGAAAGGCAUUUUGAGUCUCCAUUAUUCCAGAAAGCAAAUCAACAACGUUACCUACCUACUAACAAAUUGGCAGAAAGUUCAAAAGGCUAAAUCAUACACAGAACAUGCUGGUAAACGGUAUUUUUCUACUGGGAAACCGUCAAAUAAGGAAGCGUCGGAGGUUAAGGGAAUUCCAUACAACAAGUUAAGCAUCGGAGUACCAAAAGAGGUGUGGAAGAAUGAGAAAAGAGUGUCAAUUACACCGGCUGUGGCACACACGUUAACCAAGAAAGGAUUUACUGUGAAUAUUGAAGAAGAUGCUGGAGUAUUGUCCAAAUUUAGAAAUAAGGAUUAUGAACAUGCUGGUGCUAAGAUCGUCGACAACCAAAAUGUUUUCGCAACUGAUAUUAUUUUAAAAGUAAGACAACCCUUAGAUCCAGAAGUUAUUAAAUUUAGGGAAAACUCAACACUCAUUUCGUUUCUGUACCCAGGGUUGAAUAAAGAUCUGGUAAAUAGUUUAGCCGAAAGAAAGAUUAACGCAUUUGCUAUGGAUUGCAUACCUCGAAUAACAAGAGCCCAAGUGUUUGAUGCUUUGAGUUCUAUGGCAAAUAUAUCCGGAUACAGAGCAGUAGUGGAGGCAGCAAAUCAUUUUCCACGAUUCUUGUCAGGUCAAAUAACUGCAGCGGGAAAAGUCCCUCCAGCAAAAGUUUUGGUAAUAGGUGGUGGAGUAGCAGGUUUAGCUGCCAUAGGACAAGCUAAAAGUAUGGGGGCUAUUGUAAGAGCCUUCGACACUAGAGCAGCUGUGAAGGAACAGGUUGAGUCUUUGGGAGCGGAGUUUUUGACAGUCAGCAUUGAGGAAGAAGGAGGUACUGCGGGUGGUUAUAGUAAAGAAAUGUCUAAAGAAUUUAUUGAUGCAGAACAUGCACUGUUUGCAAAACAGUGUAAGGAUGUCGAUAUUAUCAUUUCCACUGCGUUGAUACCUGGAAGGAAGGCACCCAUUUUGGUGCUAAAAGAACACAUUGAAUCGAUGAAGCCAGGUAGCGUAGUAGUGGAUCUAGCAGCUGAAGCAGGGGGUAAUUUUGAAACGACCAAACCAGGAGAAAUAUACACGUACAAAGAUGUCGUCCAUGUUGGUUUAACAGACUUUCCUAGUAUGCUUCCAACUCAAAGCUCGACGCUUUAUGCCAACAAUAUCUCCAAAUUUCUGCUAUCGAUGGGCGAAAAAGAUCACUUCAAUAUAAAUCUGGAAGACGAAGUUAUACGUGGAAGCAUAAUUUUAGACAAGGGAAAGCUCAUGUGGCCGCCACCACCACCUCCCCAAACACAACCGACACCUGCUACAGCCCCGAAACAAGAACUGGAAACUUUGAAGGCAGUACCUAAGGCAAUUUCUCCUUUCAAAGCUGACUUAAAUAAAUCACUGGCUCUCACAACAGGUAUUGGCACGAUCUUAGGUCUGGGAAUGAUUUCUCCUAAGCCUGAAUUUACAGCUAUGUUAUCAGUACUCGGGCUCUCGGGCAUAGUUGGCUACCACACAGUGUGGGGUGUUACCCCAGCGUUGCACUCGCCUUUAAUGUCCGUGACGAACGCCAUUUCCGGAAUCACAGCUGUAGGAGGAUUACUUCUGAUGAAUGGAGGAUAUUAUCCUACAAAUUCGGUCGAGACUUUGGCAGCAACAGCAGCUUUUGUGUCGUUCAUCAACGUAUUCGGAGGAUUUUUAGUCACUAAGCGAAUGUUAGACAUGUUUAAAAGGCCGGGAGAUCCGAAGGAAUAUAACUCGUUGUACGCCAUCCCCGCAGUUGGUUUCUUGGGUGCCUAUGGCUGGGCCUCCAUGAAUGGAUUAGCGGAGAUUCAUCAAGCUGCUUAUCUAGCAGCUUCGCUUUGUUGUGUUGGAGCUUUAGCUGGUCUAAGCUCGCAGGCAACUUCAAGAUUAGGAAAUAAUUUAGGAAUAAUUGGGGUUACUGGAGGGAUAGCAGCUACGUUAGGUCAACUUUCACCAACCAAUGAAGUACUAGCCCAAAUGGCCGCCUGCCUGGUAGCAGGUGGGGGUAUUGGUACUUUCAUAGCCAAGAAAAUUCAAAUUUCAGACCUGCCACAACUUGUUGCAGCUUUCCAUAGUUUGGUUGGUUUGGCAGCUGUACUGACCUGUGUUGCUACAUUUAUCCAUGAUUUUCCAACGUUUGCCACCGAUCCUGCAGCCAAUGUCAUUAAAACAGCUUUGUUCUUAGGAACAUAUAUUGGAGGCGUUACAUUCAGCGGUUCAUUAGUGGCUUACGGAAAACUACAAGGUCUUUUGAAAUCAAACGCCUUGUUGCUACCUGGUCGACAUGCUUUGAAUAGUGGUCUUCUCUUAGCUAAUAUUGCUGCAGGCGGUUACUUGUUCUACGAUCCUACCAUGGUUGGAGGUUUGAGCGCUCUUGGAACCACAGCUGCUUUAUCUUCAGUUAUGGGUCUCACAUUAACUGCUGCUAUUGGAGGAGCGGAUAUGCCUGUUGUUAUUACAGUACUUAACAGUUAUUCUGGCUGGGCGUUGUGUGCUGAAGGAUUCAUGUUAAACAACAAUUUGAUGACCAUUGUAGGUGCACUCAUCGGUUCUUCUGGUGCUAUUUUAUCCUACAUUAUGUGUAAAGCAAUGAACAGAUCUCUAGCAAAUGUUAUUUUGGGAGGUUAUGGCACAUCAAGUACAGGUACUGGCAAACCAAUGGAAAUCACUGGAACCCACACUGAAAUCAACAUUGAUUCUGCUGUAGAAGCUAUUAAAAAUGCCAGAAAUAUAAUUAUUGUACCUGGAUAUGGACUUUGUGUAGCCAAAGCACAAUAUCCAAUUGCUGAAAUGGUCAGCAAAUUGAAAAAAGCAGGAAAGCACGUUAGAUUUGCUAUUCAUCCUGUUGCAGGAAGGAUGCCGGGACAGCUCAAUGUUCUUUUAGCAGAAGCAGGUGUUCCAUACGAUGAUGUACUAGAAAUGGACGAAAUCAAUGAUGAAUUCCCAGAAACUGAUCUAGUGUUAGUAAUUGGAGCUAACGACACAGUUAACAGUGCAGCUUUGGAAGAUCCAAACUCACCCAUCGCUGGUAUGCCUGUAUUAAACGUUUGGAAUGCAGAACAUGUCAUUGUGAUGAAGAGGUCACUAGGUGUAGGUUAUGCCGCUGUCGAUAACCCAGUGUUCUACAAACCAAACACUUCUAUGCUGCUCGGUGACGCUAAGAAGACAUGUGAUCAGUUAUUAGCCAAAGUUACAGCAGAAUAGGUUAAUAGUUUUAAUUUUUAGGCAUUAAUUUUUGUACAUAACUUCAUUGGAACAUUGAACAGUAUUAUAGCAGGGUGAAUGCCAAACUUUAAUGACGCUGCGGAACCUUGUGCCAAAAAUAUUUAGAUCAUAAAUAUGUAUUUGCAAUUUUUCCGAAAGAUAAAAGUGUAUGGACAGUCAUCUUAUCGAAAAUAAUACUGAAAAUAAUAAAAGGAAGACCUUACUUAAGAGGAAACAGUAGCGAUUAACAGGUAGCGAAAACGCGUUCCAAGAUUGCGGCUGUAAUUUUGAAUAUUUUUUCGAGAUAUUUGGCACACGUAUUCGUAAUAUAAUAAAGAAUGGUGGUACAGAGCCCAAUUUGAAAAAUAUAUUAAUAUGUGGAAAUUACUCUGUAAUUAAUUACAAUAUUAAAAAAACGAGCCUGUACCGCCAUUAAGCAGAACACAAAAAUACACUUUCUUCAAAUAAAUUUUUUUAUCCGAUGCCUAGAUUUUGUGUCAUUUUGGAACUACUAAAAUUUUUUAUUUCAUUAGUAGUUCCAAAAUGACACAAAAUCUAGGCAUCGGAUAAAAAAUUUUAUUUGAAGAAAGUGUAUUUUUUUGUUCUUCUUAAUGGCGGUACAGGCUCGUUUUUUAAUAUUGUAUUUAAUUACGGAGUAAUUUCUACAUAUUAAUAUAUUUUUCAAAUUGGGCUCUGUACCGCCAUUAUUUAUUAUAUUACGAAUACGUGUGCCAAAUAUCUCGAAAAAAUAUUCAAAAUUACAGCCGCAAUCUUGGAACGUGUUUUGGCUACCUGUUGAUCGCUACUGUAUCACCUUAAUAUUACAAAAUUUGGCAAUUGACACAUGUUUUAAAAUUUGAAGGUUUGUGUCAACCUCUAUCGUCUAUCCUUUAGAAUGAAAUCUAUGAUAUAUUACUGUAUAUAAGUAAUCUAAUGUGUUGCGUGUUCACCCUGUAUCGUAUUUUAAUCAUUGUAAAAUUUGAAUAUAAUUUUAUAUAGACAAAGAUAGGUCUGUAUCUUUGAAUGAAUUUACGACUACAAUGUUCAAUCUCCGCAUGACGCUAAUAUGGUAUGUUUACGAGCGCCAUCUUGUUUUACUAUUGAUAAUUUUUGUAUCAAAAUUAAAGUGUACUGCAUUUAUUAGAAGAAUGAUCAUCAUUCAUACUUCUGGUGUUACCGAACAAUUCUUAACACAUUGUCAAAUGGUUCUACUGUCGAUAACAUAUUUAAAAGCUGUUUAAUGUUACCUUUUACUAAGAUCGAGAAAAAAGUGAUAUUUUUUAGACUUUUUUGAAAUAAAUGUCCAUAUAUUUGUAAAUAAAUGUGAAAAAACUUUGUGUACUUCAAAUAAUAAUGGAGAAGAAUAGUCUGAGUGUCGCUAUCACAUCAUGUCUGAUAUUAGUUUAUUUCUCAGGAACCAAAAGUAUUUUUUCACAGCUUUUUGUUUUUAAUUUGCAUUUUAUUUGUUUUUUUGCGAUGUUUCGAGCAAUAAGUAUUUUUAUGUUACUUUUAGUAUAAAUUGCAUGUCAUUCAAUUCUUUCAUUGUAAUUUCAUCAUUUUAAAUUAUUUUAAUAAUGAUUUUUUGUGAAUAUUUUAUUUCUACAUUUUAGAGCAAUAAAGAUUUUAGUAUAAAA